AUGCCGCCACCAGAGCUACAGGAACCACAGGACCUACAGGAGCUACAGGAGAUACAGGAGCCACAGGAACCACAGGAGUUGAAGGAGCCACAGGAGCUACAGGAUCCACAGGGGCCUCAGGAGCUACAGGAGCCACAGGAGCUACAGGAGCCACAGGAAAUACAGGAGCCAGAGGAGCGACAGGAGCUACAGGAUCCACAGGGGCCUCAGGAGCCUCAGAAGCUACAGGAGCCAAAGGAGCUACAGGAGCCACAUGAGCUUCAGGAGCUACUGGAGCCACAGGAGCUAGAGGAGCUACAGGAGCCACAGAAAAUAAAGGAGCUACAGGAGCCAGAGGAGCCACAGGAGCUACAGCAGCCUCAGAAGCUACAGGAGCCAAAGGAGCUACAGGAGCCACAGGAAAUACAGGAGCUACAGGAUCCACAGGGGCGUCAGGAGCUACAGGAGCCACAGGAGCUACAGGAGCCACGGCAGCUACAGGAGAUACAGGAACCACAGGAGUUGAAGGAGCCAGAUGAGCCACUGGAGCCAGAGGAGCUAAAGGAGCCACAGGGGCCUCAGGAGCUACAGGAGCUAAGGGAGCUACAGGAGUUAAAGGAGCCAAAGGAGUUCCAGGAGCCAGAGGAGCUAAAGGAGCCAAAGAAGCUUCAGGAGCAACAGAAAACAAAGGAGCUACACCAGCCACAGGAGCAACAGGAGCUAGAGGAGCCACAUGAGUUGAAGGAGCCAAAGGAGCUCUAG